UAAUUAAUUUGUCAUAUAAAUGACUAUAAAAGUAAUCGGAAAACUUUCAUUGCGUAAACAAAUCGAACGGCUGGUUCUCUGAAAACGUUUUAGCAUAAACAAGAAAAUGCGUAGCAUCUGGUUUUGUUUCAAAUUGAUUGAAGGUUGCCUGGGCUGCCUUUGUAUGGGCAUACAAAUUGAAGGAUUUCUAAAUGUGGCCGUCUCACAAGAUUUAUAUGUAUACAUCACUAUAUUUUCGGUUUUCACGUGCAUUAGUUUUUUUGGCUGUUUAAAUAUUUGCAUGGAUCACGAUCCAACAUUGGUCAGCGAAAUGAUUUGGAAUGGUUUCGCAUGCUUUGGUUACACGUUAACGGCCAUACUUACCAUGUAUCAUGCAGAAAAGGAUCUAUAUUUAAUUCAUUUGACGGGUGUGGAAAUAAUCGAGGAAGAUGCGGAACAUCCAUUUUUUGGUUACUCAAAAUUUCAGGCUAUAACUGGCAUCGUUACCGGAGUAGUCCAUUUGAUGCAUGCGGUGCUCGCAGGUGAUGUGGUCUUUGUAGAAGCCGACAGAAGAUCUGGAGAGGAACCUCGGAUUAUUUUGUAUCUGGGUGGCUUGUGGUUUCAUACACUAAUGAUGAAGUUCAAAUGGUUUCGACGAUUUGAGGGCCCAAAGCUCUCAGCGAGAACUGGUUAAAAUGCAGCCAGGGGAAAUUCGAUUCAAAUUUGACCGGGUGUAUGUAUUUCUCUACUGAAAACAAUUUAUGGACUUUAAGCAGAAUUAUUUUCGAUUUAACUC